AUGGAGCAGAGGAUAUCUCGACAGGUACAGCAUGCUCUGCAGGUUCCUCUCCACAGAAGGGUUCGCAGGGUCAAGGCCCGAGAGGAUAUGAGACAUUCGAGAGGACGGACCGCAGAAGCCAAGUGGUGGAGGGACUUGGGCUUGGGCGAGCACAUUAGCUUCACCAGAGAUGGGCUGGUGGAGAGCUACUUCAUGGCGGUGGGGCAGAUGUAUGAGCCACAGUUCUCACAGUACAGGAUGCAACUCGCCAGGGUCUCCUGCUUGAUGGCCACCGUUGAGGACAUCUUCAGCGAGCAUCAGUCUGUUGAUGAGCUCGAACGCUUUGUGCAAGUUGUUGAGAGGUGGGAUCUUCAAGCGGCAGAGCAGCUGCCAGAGUCACUGAGGGUCUUCUAUGCGGCUGUCUACAACACGACCAACCAGAUCAGCUACACUGUUCUUAGGAGGCAUGGCCAUGAAAUCACUUCACACAUGAGGAGAGCGUGGGUGGGUGUGUGCAGAGCUUACUUGGUUGAAGCAUGGUGGCUCCGUGCCCAUCAGACACCAAGGCUAGAGGAAUAUUUGAGCAACAUCCGGGCAGCCAUUACCGGCCCUAUUCUCCUUCCUGCCUACUUCUUCCUCUCCCAAAACAUUGAGGAACAAACAAUCCAGCAGCUGCAGUCCGAGUUCAACAUCAUCAACUUGUCAUCGAUGCAGCAGCAGCAACAGAAACAGACUGCCUUCCCAUCCAUGGACUCCCUGUGCAUGUAUGACUAUGAAGAUGGCGUCGGUGUCCUGGAGCAUGAGUCCAAGGACCGUAUCUACUCUCUCAUUGCCCAGCCCAUCCAGACUGCCUAA